UUCUUUAUUUAGUAUUGACCAAAUCUAAAGAAAUUAUCAGACUAUAAAUGGCAAAUAAAAGAUAGUACAUAUCUACUUAUUACAUAAAUAUCAUAAAUAUCUCUUUGUUUUUCAUUUCUCCUCGUGCUGACGUUACAUUUUAUGAAUUUGGUCCUUCACGUGGUUCCAACAGCAUGUCUAGAUCGAUAUCAACUUUAAUAUUAAACGAUCUAAACGUGAGUGCCCUAGAUUGUGAUGUAAAGUACCUUUCCGAACAGUUAAACAGAUUACAUUACACAGUAAGCAAAGUAACAACUAUAGAACGAGAUCCUAAUACAAUUUCGUAUGAAGUAGAACAUGGGUUGAAGCAGAACGAUUUUUUAAUCAUCAUUGAUUAUACGUUAAAGGAUACGCUAAAUUCUGUAUGCAAUGUUUUUAAUACGGAACUCGUUUUGGUACAAUCUAUUAAUGAAAGAAACACGUCACUUGAAGGUGUUAUGGUACCAAAAAUUGCAAAGAUUUUGGAGUAUGAUAAUUCUAUAAAAUUAAGUCCGGUUAUUUAUUUAGGAAGGUUGUUCAUUAUUCAAGAACCUAACCUUAAAUUGGUUUUUGAGAACAUUUUAAGAGAAUAUAUUGAAGGUUUUAAUUACAAAAUAUCCUUUGUAAAACAAUUUUAUUUUAAAGAUUGUGAUAUCGAGCUAAAUAAUUCAAGUAAGUGCAAUUGUCUACAAAUUAACUGUAAUAAGGAGAAUGAGGAUCAAAUUUUGGAGGUUAAGUCAUUUGAUUUAAAGUUGUUGAUUGAAUAUCAAAAGAAAAUUAAGAAAAAAUAUGGAAACCAAUUGACAAAGGAGGUCUAUUUUUUAGCAAAUAUUUAUAAUAAAAAUUGUUUUUAUCAUGUUCAUAAAGCUAUUGAGUGUAUAGAAGCUUGUUUUAAACAAUAUAAACCAGAAAACAUUUUUUUGAGUUUCAAUGGUGGUAAAGAUUGCACAGUACUUUUACAUCUAGUUCUUUGCGUAUUGAAGAGACAUUAUCCAGAAUUCAAAGAACGUUUAAUUUGCAUGUACAUUCAAAGUUUAAAUCCCUUCCAUGAAGUAAAUUCUUUCAUCGAUCUUAUCAGUAAUUAUCAUAAUCUGGAAAUUGUUACUAUUACAAAAGGCGUUAAAGAAGGUCUUGAAAUAUUUUUAGAAGACAGACCUCAUCUUAAAGCUUGUUUAAUGGGAACAAGAAGAUCUGAUCCGUAUUCCGAACAUUUAAAUGUUUGUCAAAUGACUGAUUCUUCUUGGCCACAAGUUAUGAGAAUUUCUCCAUUACUUGAUUGGAAUUACAGUGAUAUUUGGGAUUAUUUGUUGUAUUUUCAAGUUCCUUAUUGCGAUUUAUAUGAUCAAGGCUAUACUUCUUUAGGAAGUAUUAAUAAUACGAUUAAAAAUCCUAGUUUGUUAUAUAAAAUUGGAUGUAAUGAAGAGGUUUAUCUCCCGGCUUAUAAGCUUUUAGAUGGCAGUAAAGAGCGAGAUGGAAGAAAUUGAUUCUUUUUAGUGAAAUUAUAGAUAAUUUAUAUUUAUAGAUCAUUUGUUUUUGGGUAUAAAUAAUUUAAUUGUUGUUUUAGAUGAUAUCU